AUGAGGGUGGCCGUGUACCAGCGGCACGAGGACCUAGGCAAACACCUGCGCCUCCACCACCAUGGCGCCAGCAGAAGGUGGGUCUGCGGUGUAUGCUUCUUCACCGACGACAGUGCUUAUGCGCUGAAGAAGGUGAGGAAGCAUCACGCAGACUCCCAUGCAAAUAGUGCGGUGCCUCGUGCCGCUGGGGCACGGUCAUCUGCCCCCGCGGGAAGGGUUAGCGGCGGUGCACCCUCGGCUGGGGGGGAUUCAGCCGAGGAGCGACCUUCUAUAGACGCGGCGCCAGCCGAAAUGACGCAGAGGCCCUCUCCGUCCCCGCUGGAAGCGGCAGGGACCACCACGCGUGGAGGCGCGCUAACGCGCGCCAAGAAAUCUACCCUAACCAACACCCGGACCACGGUGGCUGCAAAACCAAGCAACGCGCCGAAGAAGAAACCGACCAUCACUUCUACGGUGACGGGGAGGAACCUAUUGACGGGCUGGGCCAUUAAGAAGACGGCAGCGACACCAACAACGAGGAAGAGCGGGACGCCGUCCAGCCCCGCCGAUGGACGACCUCCAUCCACGGGGAGUCCCGCCACCCCGCCGACAGUACCCCAAACACCACCCCACCAGCGGGGACCGGCGCUGCUAAAAGGACUAGCGGCGGGCCAGCGUCAAUGA